AUGUCCGCACGCAACACAAAUAGAGAUCAGUUCUUGGCCACAUUUAUCCACCGUCAACUCCCAUCCUGUAUCCUCGCCUCUGGUCACCUCAACGACCAUCGGAGAUGGCUCCUUCGCCUACCCGACAUCGCAGUGCUGACACCGGCCAUGGAGUACGCUAUCCUAGCGCUCAGUACCGCAGCCUUUGAGAGAGAUGGCGCCCUUGAAGGUCAGAGCCUAAAGCUUUACACUAGAGGACUAUAUGAGCUCCAAAAAGCGAUUGAUAAUUCCAAAACGAGAUUGGAUGACCAAACUCUUGCAGCUUGUGUUCUUCUAGGCAUGUUUGAGUUCGCAGAGUGUCCAGGGCGAACUGUCAGUGCCUACAUGAGACACUAUCAGGGAGCGAUGGCACUCCUUCAGCUUCGUGGACCUGAGCAGCAUAUGGGUGGCCUGGCCCAUGAUGUGUUUCAAGUACUCAGAAUGCAUACUGCGUUUCAAGGUCUGGCGCAGGGGUAUGAGAACCAACUAGCCAAGCCAACAUGGAUGGAAAGACCAUGGAUAUCAAAAUCGAAGACUAUGCAUGACCGACUUCUCGAUAUCUUUCUUCGCGUCCCAGGACUACUAUCCAGAGCCAGAGCUGUUACAGCUUCACAGCCAUCUCAAGCUACACUUAAUGGCGGCCUAGAAGCUUUGAUGGCAUUGCUAGCUCUCAAUGGAGAGCUUAAUCAGUGGGUUGAGUCGUACCAAAACACCUACCCCACCACCCACUGGCCAGAGCUGUCAACGGCCAGUAGCUCGACAGACAGUGAGGAGCUGGGAAGACUCUACCCAGUAUCAUUCCAGUUUUCGUCUUACCAUAUAGCGGAGACUAUGAUACUCUACUGGACGAUACAGGUCUUGAUACAUGCUAGCAUCUCCUCCCUCUAUACCAGAUCAACAUCUAGUGAGAAGGACAUCACAAUAUUAGAGGCCGAUGAUCUGUCACCUAAGGACAAUGAUAAAAUUUCUCUUGCCGACAUACAACGUAUACUCGAUACAUCCGACGUCAUGUCAUGGCCAGAGACAUCAGCUCGCUACAUCUGUCAGUCAGUGGAAUAUUUCUUUCAAAAAGAGUUUCGUGGCAUGGGCGCUGGGGUUGUUCUAUCACCAUUAUUGGUGGUCCAAGCAUGCCUAUCCAGAUCAGCACGGGAAUUUUCUAGAGAGAUUGCUUGGAUCGACGAGACAAUUGGGCGUGUUCAAAGGAAUGGAGCUGGAUUAGCGGCUUGCAUUUAG